GACAAGCAAGGUCGAGGAACCACAGCCAUGAACGAAGCGGCCGGCGUUGAAGGACUCAACGGCUUGAACGACGCUGCUGGCGUGAUCGAGCUAUGGGGCGUCCCACAGCCACUACAAUGGCUCACAGCUGAUCUACGAGCAUUGUAUGAGCAGCAUUAUCUGCCAAGAGGUGAGGGUUAUACCGCUGGCAGGCUGCUUGUACGAACAGAAAAGGGAGUCCCCGAGAGCGGAGUAGACCUCGAAGUCAGUGCACCCAAAUGGCGAUGGACGCAGUUGCUACCUUUCCGGAAGAAUGUCUACCAGGAACACUUCGCGACAGCCAGGCGUUCCUGCCUGGACGUGGAGGCCUAUCGGAAAGCCAAGGGGAUCACUGUCGAGGGGCGCGCCGUGCCGAAGCCCGUUCUACGGCUAUACGAAGCCAACUUUCCUGACUGCUAUGCUAGAGGGUAUUGAAGCGGGAAAGUACGGCCCACCAACCGACGUCCAGGCCCAGUGCUGGCCCAUUGCUCUUAAGGGCAGGGACUUUAUGGCCACGGUACCCAAUGAAGGCGCGGGCAAGACGCUUUCAUACCUCCUUCCAGCCAUCGUGCACGUCAAGCACCAACCACCUUUACAGCCUGGUGACGGUCCCAUCGUGCUCGUGCUCGUGGCGACGCCGGAGUUGGCCCGACAGACCCACGAGCUGACCUACCACUUUGAGAAAUACACGGCAGUUCGUAGCGUGUGCCUGUCUUGCGGUGACUGGAAGCUGCGGCAACUGAAAGCCCUCAAGAGGGGCCCCGUCGAGGUAUGCGUGGCGACACCUGGCCGUCUGCUGUUCUUCAUCAAAGAGGGCAAGGUGAAUCUUCGUCGCUGCUCGUACCUGGUGUUCGAUGGAGUGGACCUCAUGCUGCUUAUGGGGCUAGAAAAACAAAUUCGCGCCAUCAAUGCCCUAGUUCACCCAGUUAGUCAGAAGCUGAUGUUGGCUGCUUCGCCAAAUUGGCCAGUUUUGCAUCUCGCCGAUGAAUUUCUGGACGACUUUAUUCAGGUGAGCUGCGGACUACAGACGGCACACCAAAGCGAAUUUGUUGAGCAUGUCGUUGUCAUCUGUGGCGAAGCCGAAAAAGACGACAAGCUAAUUACCAUCUUCGAGGACAUCCUCAUCAAGAAGUGCGACAAGGUGAUCGUUUUCGCAAGAACGAGGCGAAGCGUGAACGAAUUGGCGUCGAAACUACGAAUACUGGAUUGGCCAGCCGUCGCCAUUCACGGCAGUACGACGGAAGGAAACCGCGACCGCGAACUCGCCGCAUUUCGAACGGGCUUGGCAACCGUAUUAGUGGCAACGGACGUGGCCACGCGUCAGCUGGACGAUCGCGACGUGCGUUUCGUGAUUAACUACGACUACCCGCCAUGCCUGGAGGACUACCAUAAACGGGUAGAGCACGCCGCCCGAAGUGCUGGUCCGGGUAGGGCGUACACAUUUAUUAGCCCCAACGACAGUCGGCGUGCAAAAGAGCUCAUCGCUAUUCUUCGAGCAAACAAACAGACGGUUGCACCACGACUCCACGAGAUGGCCAAGAAGAGGCUUGGUGCGGCAAAAUAUUAA